UAAAUUAUUGGUCUGGUACUUUUACGGUGUAUUAUUUAUUUUUCAUAAUUUGUUGUUUAGACUCUUUCUUCGAGACGACUUCAAGUUUCACGUCAAUCUAAUAGAAAUUUAGAAAGGACAAACAAAAAUACCAAAACAAUAAUUUAGCAAGAAAAGUGCCUUAGUUGAAUACUUUGAUGCAGACUGAUCUUGAUUCUUUAUAAAAUGUAAAAGAGAAAAGUGGGAAAAACGUGGGGAACCCUUUAGUUUGAGCUUAUGAAGCAUGGAUAUGGAUAUGAGACAGUACGGAUAAAAAGCUUAAGGCAGUUAAGCAGAGAGUUUAUCUUCACAGACCUCUUCUGCAGCCGUUGCAUCUUUGUGAAGCAGAGAGUUUAUCUUACUUGGAUGAGAUUGCCAGCACUCCUCAAAGCAUGGAUGUGGUAAAGUCUGUCGCAUUAGAGGUUGGUUCUCAAGGUUGAAGAAGUGACAUGGCAGAUAUGGUCUCUUUGAAAGACAUUGCACCUGCAGCCCAGAACAACAUAAACACACAGUUCAUAGUUUUGGAUAAAGGAAGGGUAACAUUUGAAGGCCAAAAUAAGACAUGCUUGGCACUGGUGGCUGACAACACAGCUGCUGUUCAUUUUCAGCUCUGGGGGGAUGAGUGUGAUGCCUUUGAACCCAGUGACAUUAUCUGUUUGUCUAAUGGCAUUUUCUCCUACCAGCGGAACAAUCUUGUGCUGAGAGCAGGCAAGAGAGGGAAAGCAGAAAAGGUGGGGGAAUUCACAAUGGCAUUUGUUGAGACACCAAACAUGAGCGAAAUCCGUUGGGUUCCUGAUCCGAAUAACUCUAAGAAGUAUGUCCAGGAAGUCGUUAUUUCUUCCCACUCACGUAUAUUUCCACCCAUGCUGUAACUGUUGCGAUUCACUGCUUUCUUAAAAAUUAAGCAAUUUUCAUGAUAAAUCAUGCAUCAUGAUUGUGAAACACAAGGCUUUUUGUUGGCAAAUAGGUAUUCAACCUAUACUGUGUCAAUCGUGUUAGAAAAACCUUCCACAGUAAGUAUUUUCUUGGAGUUUCUGGAUGAUAUGAUAUUAAUUUAGUACCCAA